AUUCAUUCAUUGAUUACCUUCUUCAUCAAUCUCAGACUCUCUCUCUCUCUCUCUCUCUCUCUCUCUCUGAAGAAGAUCUCUCUUUUUCUCUCUCUCUCUCUCUUCCUCUCUUUAUGCUUCUGCUCGCACCUCAAGGAGAGAAAGGAAGAAAAAGAAACCCCAACUUUACAACUUUUUUCAUAAGUCCCAAUUCCUCAGAAUCAAGAAUCCCCCCUGUUUUCACACUUUGUGGUGAUUUCCUUCUUUGGGUCCAGUCCAGUUCGGUCCAGACCACUCACCUUCAUCAUCAUCAUCAUCAUCAUAAUCGAUUGGGACAUUAAGAGGGUCGAAGCUGAAAUUUGUAAAGCCCCCAUAAUUUAACAUCUCAUAGGUUUGAGUGAAUAAUCAAUCAAUCUGGGGGAAUUUGGAUCUAAUUUGGGUGUUUUUAGUUUUAAUUAGGGUUUUUUGAUAUGAAGACAAGAAGGAUUGAUGAUUAGUUAGAUUCUCUCUUUUUUCUACACUAGAUUGCUACAAUCAAAAAUCUUUGGAGGGUUUGCUUUAAUUUUUUUUUAAACUUUAUAGAUUCUUCUUCAAAGGAGAAGUGGGUCUUGUUAAAGAAGGAUUCUGAUUCUUAACAUUGGUAUUUUAAUAGUCGUGAAGAGUUGUUCUUACAUAUCUUCAAAUUUCUCCAUCUGGGUCUUCUCUUUCUUAUGUAUAACUUCUGAGGGAAGAAGUUUGGAUUGGAUUUGAUUAGGUUAGAACUUAGAAUAGAUUAUAGAUUACUCUGAGUUUUUUUUUUAUGAAGUGGGAAAUGGAGAUUCUUUCUCCAUCAUCCUAUCUAUCAAGUUCAAGCUGGCUUCUUGAUGAGAGUAAGAGCACGAUAUGGACGCCGUCGGAGAACAAGAUGUUCGAGAAUGCUCUGGCUAUCUACGAUAAGGAUACGCCGGACAGGUGGCAGAAAGUGGCGGCCCGGAUCCCGGGGAAGACGGUCGGAGAUGUGAUGAGACAUUAUAAGGAAUUGGAAGAUGAUGUCAGCAGUAUAGAAGCUGGACUCAUACCUAUCCCUGGUUAUUGCAGCAGCAGUUCUACCUCUGCUUUCACUCUCGAUUGUGGAGGUGCCGCCGGUGAUGAUUUCGACGGUUUCCGGCAGAUUUAUGGGUCUGGUUGCCGGCGGGGAUCGCUUGUCCGACCUUCCGAUCAUGAGAAAAAGAAAGGGGUUCCUUGGACAGAAGAGGAACAUAAGCUAUUCCUGAUGGGUCUGAAGAAAUAUGGGAAGGGAGAUUGGAGGAACAUUUCUCGCAAUUUUGUAGUGACAAGAACUCCGACUCAAGUUGCUAGCCAUGCUCAGAAAUACUUCAUAAGACAGCUUUCGGGUGGGAAAGACAAGAGAAGAGCUAGUAUUCACGAUAUAACAACUGUUAAUCUAAACGAAAGCCAAAUUAUCACACCACCCGAAAACAGAAGAAGGCCGAUUUCACCUGAUCUGCAAAAACCAUGUUCAAUGCCAAUUAGAUCAUGUUUUGAAUGGCCAGGAUCAUCUGGGAACUCGUUUGUUUCGUCGCCUUACGAUGCAAACUCGUUCGGUUUCAAAAUGGAAAGUCGAGAUCAAGUUCGAGCAGGCCAGUCUUUCUUUGGAACUUCCAACAUUGUAUUCCAGAUGCAAUCUGCUCAUCAUUACCCUCAUGGUUAAGGAAAAAUUCUAAGAUUUCAAAAAAUUAUUUUUAGUAGGUUAAGUUAAACCACAAUAAUCCUGUUGUCCCCUUGUUCGGACUUUUCCUAGCGUUUGAUUGUGAUUUUCCUUAUGGGUUUUCGACUUUGUUCAACUAUUCGCCCGAAAAAAAAUUUAUGUCGUCGAGCUUGGAACUUAAAUGUUCAGCAUUCUCUAAUGAAGCAAACAAUGAGUUCAAUUA